AUGGACCGAGAGCCUACAGAGCAGCCCUCAGAAGGCUACUGGCCCGGAACACCGCUUUUCGGCACUCCUCAACCGCCCAGCGAAAAAUUCCAAGACGACUCAUACACAUCAUCGUCGUCCCAGCAGCAGCAUGGCGGGCACCACCACAGCCAGCAGCAACGGUACCCGCCGUGGUUCCCGCCAUCGGGAGUAUCCCAGUGGAUGCCGGAGCCAUCCGACACACUGUACCCGAUGGCGCCGCAGCCACCAGUAAUCUGUGGCGGCGGCAACGGCAGCGGCAGCAGCCGCUCGAGCUCGUCCCGCCGCCGCGUUCCAAGCCCCAUUGGUAGUCCCAGCCUCAUCGCUUCGGAACAGGACGAGUACGGCCGGUUCGUCUGCAAAUACGCCGAGUGCGACGCAAAGCCCCAGGACCGCAUCUUCACCCGCAAGAGCGAUUGGCGCCGGCAUUCCGAUAAGCACACUCGGCCGUAUAGGUGCACGUACUCCACGUGCAAGGACCUAGCCGGCUUCGGCUGGGUAGGCGGCCUGAACCGUCAUCUCGAGGAGCUCCACAACAGCAAAGCCCAGCACAAGUGCCCGUACACCGAGUGCAAGCGCCAUGUCAAUGGCUUCUCGCGCUCAGCAAACCUCAAGAACCACAUGCGGAAAGUGCACAAUGUUGGCAGCGAGAGCUGCGGCGGCGGCGGCGGGGGAUCCGCCGCUCCCUCGGAAUUGGCCGACAACAGCUGCGGCGAGAUCGACUCGCCUCCUCCUCCUCCUCCUCACAGGGAGGCGAAGCGGCUUCGCCGCUCGGAUCGGACAGAGGACGAGCUCGUCAGGGCGAUUGGCGAGGCUGAGAUGGCAGUCAAUAGGGCCAACGACGGCAUGAGGACCGCGAGACAGACGCAACUGGAUUGUAUGGUGCAUCUGGAGACGCUCAGGGCCGAGCUCGAGGAUGGUCGGUCUAACUCUUCCGCUUCUGUUUCUGAUUCAUUUCCUUAUUCUUCGGCGUACUACGGUGGUGGCGGAGGUGGUGGCGGGUGUUUCAGUGGUGGUGGUGGUGGUGGUGGUGGUGGUGGUGGUGGUGGUGGUGGUGGUGGUAGUGGUGGAUACUUUCAGUCGUCUCCUACGCCGUCGGUGGCGAGCUACUACGGCACUGCGGCUGUUACCGCCUCGCCGCUCUUCUACCCAGCGUCCCUUUCUCCGCCCACUCCCCCAGCAGAGUCCAUAGCCUUCUAUUCUCCGGGUCCUCCCUCGUGGCCAAAUCACUAA